AUGGGCCACAUCGGGCUUGGUAUUGUGUACAUGGCCACAGCAGGGGUAGAAGAAUCUUGGAAUGAAAGAAUAUAUAAGUUUCUGGAGAAAGACCUUGAAGAGAGCAACAUCACACGCCCAAUUAUACUGAUGGGAGACUUUAACUGCCAUCUGGCGGAGUUAAGUAGUAAAGAUGAAAGAGCUCACAGUCUCAGAAAACUUGUAGAGCACAACAAUUUGCGAAUAGUUAAUCUGGAGGAAGGCUGUAAGGGGCAGAUAACAUGGAGCAGUGGAAACCAACAAUCAACCAUCGACUACAUUCUCGCCUCCCAAGAUUUAUUCUGUGCACCAUGGCACCUGCAAAACAUAACAGUGGACGAGGAAAAAGUGUUCAGCUGCGGAAGUGACCAUAAUCGGAUAAAAAUAACGAUUGACCAGGCCUACAAAAAGUUCAUACACGGCUCGAGGAAACAUAAACUUCACAGGAGGACAAGCUACUGGAGAACUAAUGACGAAGGUAGAAUGGCGGCAUGGGGUAAUGCCUUGGAUGCUGAGUUUGCAAGAAGCCCCCCAUCAACCUACAGUGAGUUCUACGAGUCUCUAAUGCAACUAGCAUAUACUCAUGUAGGAAAACAAACCAGAGUCAAAAGUGAUAAACGAACACCGUGGUUUGAUAAGGAGGUUAAGGAGGAAAUCAAAGUACGACAGGAAUGGUCCAGAAAACAUCAAAAGGCCAUGAAUAAAAAGCAAUACAGCAUGGCAACGCAAAACUGGGAAAAUUACGAGCUACAGAAAAAUAAAGUAAAAUCUCUAGUGGCUACAAAAAUUCUGAAGAUACACACGAAACACGAACAAGCCCUACAAGAAAGCGACAACAAAAGCCGUUGCUUUUGGAGAUAUGUGCGAUCUCUCCAACCACACAAGGACUUUGAACACAAGACGGUAGGGAGUGGAGAAGACCAAUGGACCACUGAAGAAGAAAUCACCGAGGGAAUGACUAGAUACUUUCAGGGACUUCAAGCCUCCCUCUACAACAGACCGAGGACACAGGAGGAAACAUCCCUACGACCUCAGGAACAAUUUGACAGCAGCAUUCUUGAACCGAUAGCGCCCGGUGAACUGCAGAGACAUAUUAAUAAACUAGAAGCAGGAAAGGCAGUAGAUCCAGACGACAUCCCCAACGAGUUCCUGAAAAAGCUUAAACCGGUAGUACAGAAGCACCUAAGGUACCUUCUAAACAACAUGCUGGCAAAAAGCGCUAUUCGUGAAGCCUGGAAACAAGCCAAAAUAAAACUAAUCUACAAAGGAAAAGAUAAAGACAAGAAUUCAUUAGACUCAUACAGGCCGAUAACAAUACUAAGUAAUGUUUACAAACUCUUUGCAUCAAUCCUGCAAGACAGACUGCAGAGACUCUGUGAGAAAGCCCACCUUUUCAGCGAGGCACAGAAUGGAUUCCGUAGGAACCGGCGGGGCAGCGACAACUUAUUCACUGUCACACAACUAAUAGAGCUAAAAAAUCUAGAUAGGUCACCACUCUAUCUGGCUUAA